UCCUGCUGCAGUGCGGGUCCCAUUCGGAACUCUCACUCUGCUGGUGGGGACCACAGACCACGUCGGAGGUGUAAUUUGUGUGGGCGAAGGAGCCUGCAGUGUUCUGCGAGCUGUGUGUGUGCGUGCGGAAGGGGUGAGGAGGUCGAGGAGGGAGGUGGAAGUGUGGUGGGCCGGUGGGGGAUGACAGGGUGGGUCGGCGUUGGAGCGGGUGGUGGUUUGGCGGUCCGGUGCGAGAGCGCGGCGAUGGCGGUGAGAUGUGAAAGCGCGGCUAUGGCGGCGCUAAGAUGUGAAAGCGCGGGAAUGGGUGCUCUCAGCGGUGUUGAGAGCGUCAGUUCGACGGUGACUAGACAAGUUGGGGGCCGACGGGAUGGGGUGUGGGCAUGGAGGAGGUCCGGAUAUGGUGGAGGCGAUGGCGGUGCAGGUGAAGGAGAGAGGGAAUGGAGGAGGAGAAGGUUCGGCGUUGGCGGCGGGAAGAUGUGGAGUGAGUGCAGGGCGGGGGAGGAGGUGAUGAGGGCGUCCACGCGGAGACGGCAAGUUUUGGCGGGAACGAUGAAGAGGUCGAUGAUUAGGUCAUCCAGCCUGAUGACGUGGGAUCGAGCCUCUCAUCUGGAGGACAACAAUGCGCUAACGAGCUGCAGCAGCUGUGGGGGGCCAUCUAGCGCGGCGCGGCGGCUGAUGACCUGGAGCGGGCCGCAGAAGUGGAUAAGGUUGGUGGCCAGUUUUGGCGGGAAAAAGACUGUUAGGAGGAGAGGGGCGGGAGCUGUCGUCCUCUGCAGCAAUGCAGCAUCGGGAUCUGCGGCAGGGUGGCCUCAAGACGCAUCGGGUUCGGGUUUCGGUUCAGGUUCAGGUUCAGCUUCGGCUUCGAGCGGCGGCGAUGACAAUCAGCAGCAGCAGGAGGAGGAGGAGGAGGUGGUUAAUCCCUAUGCUGUAUUGGGUGUGAAUCCGCUGUCAACAUUCGAUGCGGUGAAGAUGAAGUACAAGAAGCUAAUUACGGAAGCAGAGAAAAGGGGUGACGUGGCAGCUAUGGAGAGAGUGGAGCGCGCAUACGACAAAAUUAUGAUGAGCCAGCUCAGCAAGAGGAAGAUGGGAGUGUCCUUCGGCUCUUUAGAAGUCUCCGACGACGUUAAGUACGCCGAUCGUCAGUCUAGGUUCCCCUGGGCCCCCAAAUACGCUAAGGCCAAGAAAAGGGAUAUUGUAAUUAAUGGGGUCAUUGCCGGGUUAAUGGUGUUGUGGGCCCUAAAUGAUCCCAGGGCACUUCAACGCCCUGUGCAGUACAUGUCCCUCGUCUUCAUGUUUAGGGUUCAUCAGAAGCUAAGGGAAUUUUAUCCGCCUCCAGAGGACAGAGAGAAGAAGAGGGCGGUGGACAUGAAACGUCUGGUUCGUACCCUGGGUUUGGUCCUUGGAACCCUAAUAGUAUCCGUAUUACUGGUCUGGUUCAUCCCUCUCUCUCUCAGCGAUCUGUCCCUCUUCUACGCGCCAUCGUCGGCAGCGCAAGCGCAGGCCAGAGACGCCGCUCUUGUGUCGGGGGGUUUGCUCUUCACCAUUGCAUCAUACUACCGCUGAGAAUAUGAUGAUGUCAUGGUAAAAAAAAAAAAGGAAAAAAAAGAGAAAAAAGAAAAAGAAUGUGAUGUCAUCUGAUGGGAUCUGAUCUUUUGUCUUGGCUCUAUUUUCGGUUUUUCGUGAGGAUUUGUUCUCUCUCUCUCUCUCCCUCUGUGUGGUUCCCUUUCUUUUUCCCUGUGCUGUUCUUCGAAUUUCUUCCUUUCUGUGCAGGAAUUUCAAGAGAUUUUUUUUUGAUUUUUUUUUUGUGCAUAGGUUGUACCUUCCAUUACCAAAGGGAAAAGAAAAAGUAUUGAUGGGUUGGUGAAAAAAAAUAAAAAAAUUGUAUAGAUUGGUUGGUGGAAGUAGUAAAUAAAUUGUUCAGAGUGGU